UGUAAAGUUACAAUGAUUGGAUCUCUCGAACAAACAUGGCGGCCCCCAUGUCAUGGAGAAGACUUGUGUACUCUGUGUACACGCCGGCUCUUUCAGGGGUUUUCACCAGGAUUUCGGAUAGGUUUUUCCGCACACAUGACCGCAGAAGAGGUUCAUCACUGCUGUUACUGGCCCCCCUGCUGGCAGAGGCUGAGCUAGUCCCUGUGCCCCCUUCACGCCCCCCCAGCUCCGCGGGGGUCGAGGGUCUGCACUCGCGCUUCCGCUGGAUGGCCGACGACGUGCCUGCUUUCAGGGUGCCCGGUGCCAGCGUGCACAUCCUGCACUCCCCCGAGGAGUUCUACCAGGUCAUGAAGGCACGGAUCAAAACAGCUAAGAGUCGAGUUGUGAUGGCAUCUCUGUAUCUUGGCACAGGACCCCUGGAGCAGGACCUGGUGGACUGCAUGGAAGAGGCCCUUGAACGCUCCCAGGACCAAGGCAGCAGCCCCGACCUCAAAGUGUCCAUACUGCUUGACUACACACGCGGCUCUAGAGGUAAGAAUAACUCGCGGACUAUGCUGCUGCCCCUGCUGCAGCGGUUCCCGGCCCAGGUGCGCGUGUCCCUCUACCACACACCCGACCUGCGGGGGCUGCUCAGGCUGCUGGUGCCCGAGCGCUUCAAUGAGACCAUCGGGGUCCAGCACAUCAAGGCCUACCUGUUUGAUGACAGCCUCAUCAUUAGCGGAGCAAACCUGAGUGACUCGUACUUCACCAACCGGCAGGACCGCUACGUGCUGCUGGAGAACUGCCCUGAGGUGGCCGACUUCUUUGCCGACCUGGUGGGUGCUGUGGGCGAUGUGUCCCUGCAGCUGCAGCCUGACGACAGCGUGCAUAUGCUGGACGGGAUGGUGCAUCCCUACAAAGGUAAUCGCAAAGACUUCUCAACGUUGGCACGGCGACACAUAAUGGAGGUGGUGACCACGGCGUGCACCCGGCAACGGCUGCUGGAGGCGGAGCGUGUGCUGGAGGAGGCGGAGACGGAGGCCUCGGGCUCGGAGUCAGACCCGGCCCCCGCCCCCGACACCUGGGUGUUCCCGCUGGUGCAGAUGAAGCCGCUGGGCAUCCACCUGGACGAGCAGGUGACGGAGCGGCUGCUGACGGAGGCGGGCGACGACUCCACCGUCUACCUGACGUCGGGCUACUUCAACCUGACCCGCGCCUACAUGGGGUUGGUGCUGGGCGCCGCGGCCGACUACCGCAUCCUCAUGGCCUCGCCCGAGGUUAACGGCUUCUUCGGCGCCAAGGGCGUGGCGGGCGCCAUUCCGGGCGCCUACAUCCACCUGGCGCGGCAGUUCUACAGCAAGGUGUGCCAGCUGGGCCAGCAAAGGCGCGUGCACCUGCACGAGUACCACCGGGCCGAAUGGACCUUCCACGCCAAGGGGCUGUGGUAUUACCUGCACGGCAGUGACCGGCCCUGCCUCACACUUAUCGGCUCACCAAACUUUGGCUACCGCUCUGUUCACCGGGACCUUGAGGCGCAGAUCGCCAUCGUGACGGAGAACGAGGAACUCCAGGCACAACUUCAACAGGAGCAGGAGAUGUUGUACAAGAGAUCCACUGAGGUCUCGGGUGACACCUUCGAGCAGCCCAAUCGCUCCGUGAAGCUAUGGGUGAAGCUGGUCACCCCUCUCAUCAAGAACUUCUUCUAAAAGGAGCUCAUGGGCCCAAGCAUCCUUCUGUCAAUGUCAGGUUGAAGGUCCAGAUGUAGGUGGGUCCUCGAUUGCGAGUCAUGUAGACGGGGCAGUCGUAGAGGUUCUUUGUCUCCUUCCUGUCCACGGGGAUGGCCUUGAUGAAGAUGACGGGCAUGGACGGGGUCAGCUCCUUCAGUCGCGCGUCGCAGAUCACACCCGUCUGGGUGUCCCAGCGAGCACCUGGAGAAACAAUACACACGCAUACACACAUGUUUACUAUGAUUGGGUUGGGGGGGGGGGGGCUUGGCAGACAUAUAUCAUUGGACAAAAGUGUGAUGGUCCAACCCUGUUUGAGAUCACCCCCCCACCUCUGUGAUGGUCCAACCCUGUUUGAGAUCCCCCCCCCCCCCCACCUCUGUGAUGGUCCAACCCUGUUUGAGAUCCCCCCCCCCCCACCUCUGUGAUGGUCCAACCCUGUUUGAGAUCCUCCCCCACACACCUCUGUGACGGUCCCUAACUCUUCAGCUCUCAUCUGCAGUCUCUCUCUACAUGAUUCUCAGCUCUAUUCGUGUCUGAUGUGUUGAGUUAUAUGCUAGUAACUGUGCAGCAUGAGAUUACCUCUUAUUUGUCUCUCUGAAGUUACAAUUGUGUUCUAAUUUUAUCUUUAAUGUUACGGUCUAUACUGGAAAAUAUCAACUAUUUGCCCCAUGGAUGGACAUGCAUAUUUAUGACUGCUACUGUGGGAGAGAGGGGGAAAAAAAGAUUUGAUGUGAAUUAGCUGGUGGACAUCAAGUCCAGGUAGAGCUUUGGGACGGUUGGUUUGGCUGUGAGAGGCCAGGACAGGAUCUCUCUGUGUACUCACACAGAGAGGAAGUGUGUUUGUGUGUUAUCUUUACCAAAAUAACACAAAGCAUUUUGAUUCAGUGGAUCAAUGGUUUUUAAAAUAAUAUUAAAGGAUUGUUUGACGCCA